UGACUCUCAAUGCCCUGAAAGCCAACUCUGGCCAAACGAGAAGCAAAAUAGUCCUGCUAUCAAUGAAAUGCCAUUUUCAGUCUAUAACAUUUUGUUAUGCUGCGCAGCAGGGAAGUUGGAGCGCAUCCUGCUCUCAGGCUAGAUAACAUUCGCACUUCCCACUACUGAAUGAGAAAGUGGGAUAUCAAGUGGUGAGAAGACAAAAAGGACACACAGCUCCUCAGUGGACACGGGGCAUUUUCCACCUGGUACACACUUCUUAAUGGAACAAAUGUGGAUUCAUCAGGAGCGGCCAAGCAGGGCAUGGCUUUAAGCAGACUCCUGCUGAUCUGUAUGCUAGCCUCUGAGGUGUGGGAUGCUGAGACCAAACCCAUAGAAUUUGUGUGUAAUAAAGGCGCCAGGAGGGCUAUGAAUAUUGUGGCAGAGAUGGAGAGUGUACUGAGUAACUGUAAUGGCUCGACAACCCUCUCCACACCGGUUCAGCUACCCUGUAUCGAGCUUCAUGUAGCAUCUUGGGAAGACAAAUCACACCAGGAGAAGAGAGGAGACAUAGUUGCAUCCUUGAGUCUUCUUAUUGAAGGUGUGAAGGUGGUGAAAUCUCCAAGCCAGCCAGAAUGUGCUGCUUCGCUACUGCAGAGACUGGAGAACAACAUCAACAACUACCUGCUCAUUCUCACACACCUACAGCUGAGUCAGGGGCCAGAGGGGAGUCCAGCACUUUCUUGUGUUCCUCGAAGCACCCAGAGUCUGAGCACAAUCCUCGUUAACUACAACCAACUGAUCUUAGGCAAACUGGAGCGGUUCAUGAUAAACCUGGAAGACCGCUGCAUUUCCCAGUAACACAAGAACAACUUUAGUAGGCCCAAUGUUCUUUACAAACUGGGGGAUGAGUUCAAAUAGGACCCUAUAGGCAAAAAAGAAGAAUGAAAAUCCACCAGAGCAAAACAGUUGGAAUGAUCAGGAUAUUCUCCUAACCUUGUUGUCUUUUUUAAACUUCUGAUUUGUGAAAAGUUU